AUGCGACACACCCGCAGCUUCAAGCAGCUCACAUGCAUCGCCAUCGCACCAGGGCCUCACAAGCUUCGGGAAGAAAGCAUGAACACCGGAGGGGAGGCUCGGCACCGCUGACUGGCGAUGGAUGCUUAAGUUGUGCGGUGUAGCACGACGAGAUAACCGCAUUGACAAUAAACAAAUGAGAAGAUACAGUAAAAAGAAUGGAGACAACAUCGGGGAGUCAUUGGGAUCGAUAGUAUUCACACACGACACCAAAGUUUUGUGACAGUCAAACUACUAAGAAGGAAAGGUGGAAGGUGGGUUGUCCUGUCGCACCACGUGAACUUCCCGAAAAUCAGAAACAAGGGCAUCAAUCUCGUGGCGGAUGUAAGCUGGCGUUACAGCAGCAGACAACGAACAACCCGCCUCGCCUCGCGUCAGCGAGGCUCGCUCGUCUGCCCAACCAACGCUACUGUAGACCAAAGAAAAAUCAAGCCAUGAUCAAGUGCGCCCCAGAAUAUUGGCCAAUCGCGCUUGAGCUUCAGUGCAUCACCCAUGUCUUUUCCCUGUAAGUGCCCGUGUACACACCGCAAGCAUUGUGCGGGAUUUCUCUCUUCCGUCUACAUUUUCCCCAUCGACUCACUCCUUUUAAAUAUGGCACGACGCGUCAAUAACGCCUUCACAAGAACAGAAAAAAUGUCAUGCCAAACAGAACGCUCCCAUGUGCCAAACCCACUAUUUAACACACGCCAGCCGAAAGCCCCUUUUGGGACCCCACGGAGCUAACGAACCCCUCCCGCUCCACCCCAGAUGCCGGUGGAACAUUCGGCCACAACCUAUAGACACCGUUGAGAACGCUCAACUUUCUUCACUCAAGCCCAGACCGAAGUGAAGCAAUUGCGUUCGCACGCAUGCAAAAACCCCAUCAGGCACGCCACCUUCAUUUACUCAAACCCCAAGCAGAGGCCUGUUGCCGAUGACAGAGAAAUGCUUUCACUCCACACGCGGUCUCUUGUGCGCGUGCUCAUCGCCCCCCCCGCCUCUCGUCCCCAUUUCGUCGUCGCUGAAGUCGUACCCGUCGUCGUCUUCGUCGUCGUCGGCAGCACCAUCGCCGCCCGCAGCGCCUGCUGCUGCCGUUGCCCCGCCGUCAGA